ACAAAAUAAAAUAAACAAAAAUAGAAGAAAGAAGGCAAAAAUGCGUUUGGCGUUUGGAUGUGGAAGGCGUCCACUUGAGAUAUUUUCAACAACCACAAUCCAUUUGCAUAAGCAACAGCAGCACCAAAGACAACAUCACCUCCUCCUCUCUUUCUCCCUCCCAACUUCAUUUUCUCUCUCCUCCUCCCUCGCAAAACUACUCUUCUUCUCAACCUCAUCUCGACCUUCUUCAAUGGCUGCAGAAGACUCGGUCAACUAUGGAUUCGAUCGUCCGGAAAUGUUCUCCCUCUCCCUCGCUAAUACCGUUGACUCUUACGAUCGCCAUGUUUUCCUUUGCUACAAAAACCCUGAAUCUUGGCCUUCUUCUGUUGAAAACUCUGAUGCCGAUCCACUUCCUAAGCUUCUCGCCUCUGCUCUCAAAGCUCGUAAGGAUGAUAUUCCUCUUAAGACUCGUCUAACCAUAUGUGGGGGAUGCAAUGGAACUGAAUGCUCAGACGGUGAUGUGUACAUCUUCCCAGAGAUGGCCAAAUACAGGGGUUUGAAGGAGGCAGACGUGGAUGCAUUUGUGGAUGAUGUUCUUGUGAAUGGUAGGACAUGGGCUUCUCAAGUGCCUGAGACCUUGGUUGGUGCAUACGUUUUUGUUUGUGCCCAUGCUAACAGAGAUAAAAGGUGUGGUGUCUGUGGUCCUGUCCUCAUUGAAAAGUUUAAGGACGAGAUUGGAUCGAGGGGUUUGAAUGAUCAAGUUUUUGUGAGUGCGUGUUCUCAUGUUGGGGGUCACAAGUAUGCUGGAAAUUUGAUCAUCUUUGGGACAAAUGCUGAGGGAAAGGUUACUGGGGAUUGGUAUGGUUAUGUCACUCCAUCUGAUGUGCAGGACUUGCUUGAUGUGCAUAUUGGCAAGGGAGAAAUCAUAGAAAAGCUAUGGAGGGGUCAAAUGGGCUUGAAAGUUGAGGCUCCUGAGAAAGAAGUGAGCAAACCCCUAACUGAAAACAUUCAAGAGAAAACACUAGAGAAGUCUGAGGAGACUGGAAAUGAGGUUAAGGAAAGCACCACAGGCUGUUGUCAGGGUCCAAAUGCAGUUUCAUGUUGCAGGGAUGAGACUGUCGCGAAUGGUGAAGUUGAAGAAGUAAAUCUAAAGAAAACUACGGAGGGGCCUUGCAAGAAAGGGAUGGUGUGCUUGCCAGAUUGGGCAGGGAAAUGGGAGCAAAGUGAUCUUCUAAUGGCAGCUGCUGUUGUUGGGUCUGUGGCUACUGUUGCUGUGGCUUAUAGCAUCUUCAGGAGGUCGGCCUAGGUUCUCAAAAUAUCUACUUACAGUUAGUUGUGUCGUGUGUCAAUGACUAUCUUUUUGUAGUUGAGGUGUACACAAUAAUUCUUAAACCCACGCGUUUGGUUUAUUGGUGACUUCUAAUAUAGCCCUAAAAGUAGGGAUGGACCUGGAUGAUUCGGUGGAUUGAAAGAUGAAUCACUUUCAGGUCCCAAAUAUAGUUUUCUUGUUCACCCUUACCGUUGCUUCGUCAGCAUUACACAGUUUAUAUUCGGCCGGAUUGGAAGAUUUGUUUUGAAUUUAAAGUGCACUUGUCUUA